AUGUGUGUGCACUCGCAAUUUCCUUCAUGUUUUAAACAAUCAGUCAAUUACUUCGACGUAUUCCACCACGUGCGCUUUCCUUUGGUUGUGGACACUCGAACCGGUGUCAGCCUUGUGCUCACAGGUAUUCUGCUUGCCUCACCCAACUUGAUCCUUCCGCUUUACCUUCACUGCGCAAUCAACAUAGUGACAUACAGCUCUUUGAGUGGUGCUACUGGAGGAGUCCUUGAUGCGGCGAGAUCGUUGAUGCAGCGAACGAGGAGACGUGGGAUGCCGAAUGAGGACUUCGAUUCGUCGCUCUUAUUCACCGCGCAGAAUGCAACGGGAACGAGUGGCUUCGGUACGUUUCCCGUGUACGUCUACGAUCAAAUAGUGCUGGAAUGGACAGAUUCAAAAGCGGGGUUCGAGGCUCAAGCUAUACAAUAUGAGUGCGGAAUAAGUAAGCGACGACGCGCAAUCAUUCACCGGUCGAACACCUCUCACAAUAACACUCUCAUUACCCUCGUUAUAGGCAAAGAACUCUUCAUAUAUUCUUUCACCUUCUAUCUCUUCGAAUUUUCAAGCCACAGACAUAUCGUCAUCAACAAAGCCAUCCAACACCGCGCGUAUACACUAUUCGACAUAGCAUGCAAAUCUGUGUUUAAUUUUGGGACUCCUCUUGGGGAGUUGGGGGCUAUUAGUGUUGGUGGUUUUGGGCACAAUCUAGAGGAAAAGACUGUGUCGAAAACGUGGAGUUGUGUGAUAUGGAAAAUGAGUCAUCACCAUCGUAUGAAGAGACAACACGACGAGCGAAUGCUAAAGAAUGACCAACAACAUCUUGAUUUCGGUUCGGCGAGGGUUGAUACAGAGCGGUUGUUCGUUGAAAUUUUCCCGCUUUUUAACGAGGACUUUAGAUGCAUGAAGAGACAUAGCCGGAGGGUAUAUUCCACGGGGCAUGAUCCCAAGUCUAAGGACAGAGUUGGUGAAUUCAGUUCAGUACCGUUCCAUAUAUCAAGAAAUAGUGUAAUUUACUCCGCUAUCAGCUGGAGGUCGAAAUAA